GUCGACCGAUCCCAGCCCGCGAGCAGAUCGAGCCGAGCCCCGCAGAGGCGAUGGACGGCCGCUCUCCCAGCAACCUUGUGCAGGAGCAAGGAAGCAACCGAGCCCAGGCCGAUGUCGGCUGCUGCACAUGCAGAGCGGUGCAGGAGCAGCGCGGUCCUAACCGAGCCCAGAUCGUGGUGGGACUCUGCAACUGGGUGUUUCCAGAGCCUCGUAAUACAAUGCAAGAGCAAGGAGACCCAAACCCUGCUCAACUGGUCAAUUAAUGAUGAGGCCUCAAUGAUUUUGUACCUCAUGUGAACAUUUUUGUUGACCCCACGGCUAAAGAACAUUAAUUUUGUCAUAAAUAGUGUAAUGUU